AUGACAUAUUUGGUUAAUAAAUAUGACAUACCAUUUGCUCCUUUUGUUGGAGUGAACCACCAUGGACAAUCGAUAUUGCUAGGAUGUGGGUUAAUCUCAAGUGAAGAUACAGAGUCAUUUACAUGGCUAUUUCAAUCUUGGCUCACAUGCAUGUUUGAAAGCCCUAUGAGUGCAAUAAUCACAGAUCAAGACAGAGCUACGAAAAAGGCUAUUGCGAAGGUUUUUCCUAAUGCACGACACAGGUGGUGCUUGUGGCACAUCAUGAAAAAGGUGCCCGAAAAAUUGAGAAAGUACAAAGAAUAUGAACCAAUCAAAUUUGAAAUGGAAAAUGUUGUUUAUGAUUCAUUGACCAAAGACGAAUUUGAAAAAAGAUGGGAUAGGUUCAUUGAGAUGUUUGAACUUCAAAGUAAUGAGUGGUUACUUGGGUUGUAUGAAGAGAGACAUCGUUGGGUGCCAGCUUUUGUCAAAGAUAUAUUUUGGGCAGGAAUGUCAAUAACUCAACAUAGUAAAAGCAUGCAUGCCUUUUUUGAUGGCUAUAUCAAUUCAAAAACCACUUUGAAACAGUUUGUUGAACAGUAUGAGAAUGCAUUGGCAAAAAGGGUGGAAAAUGAAAAUGAUGAGGAAUUCAAUUCUUUUAGUUCAUGCAUCCUAUGUAUAAGUCAUUAUGAGAUAGAGAAGCAAUUUCAAAGUGCUUAUACAAGAGCAAAAUUCAAAGAGUCCCAGCGAGAGAUAUUAGGAAAGAUUUAUUGUGAUUUGACUACAUGCAAAGAAGGUGGUGGCAUUUCAGAAUAUACAAUUGAUGGAUAUGUCAAAGUUGGAGAAAGCCAUCAACGUGCAACUUUCAUUGUUGUUUUUAAGGAUGGGGAAUAUUGUGCAAGCAUCAAAUCACAGUCUACGAGAGCAAAAUUCAAAGAGUCCCAGCGAGAGAUAUUAGGAAAGAUUUAUUGUGAUUUGACUACAUGCAAAGAAGGUGGUGGCAUUUCAGAAUAUACAAUUGAUGGAUAUGUCAAAGUUGGAGAAAGCCAUCAACGUGCAACUUUCAUUGUUGUGUUUAAGGAUGAUACAAAAGAAGUUAAUUGCAAUUGUCGAUUAUUUGAAUUUAGGGGAAUAUUGUGCAAGCAUCAAAUCAUAGUCUUCAUGCAUAGAAAGAUUGACCAAGUACCGGAUAAGUACAUCUUGAGGAGAUGGGAUAAAAAUGUUAAAAGGAGCCAGAUGAAAGUUCGGAUUAGAGCUGAAACUGACGAUAAGUGUGACAAGAUAAUUGAACGGAUACAAGAAUUGAAAUGGGAGUUCACAAAAGUUGGAGAUUUUUGUGCUAGUAAUAAGCCAAGAUCUACAAGUAUUCAUAAUGGUUUUCCCUCAUGUGGUGAUGGAGGACAAGGCCUUUGCACGAACUCGAUUUUCUUCAAUGGUAGUGAAUCCCAGAGUGAUCUUCAUCCAUCUUGGAGAGUAUGUUAUGAUUUAGCUCCUACUUCCAUGCCUUCACCAGAAAAAGAGAAAGUUGAAGGGGGACCAAAGAUUUGA